GAUAGACGGUUCGGUUGAGUUGAAGUAUUUCUCAAGCUGAACCCCAGUACAAAACGAGUUCGAGUUAUAUAUACAUAUACUAUAUACUCAUAUAUAUGUAGCUACAAUAUAAGCGCAGGCGUUGAACUAGUGCGUACGAAAACAAAACAACGAAAACGCUUGUAGAAGCCAACAGACGGUAGCUUCCAUAACAAUAAAUAAUAAUUUGAAAUAGACAGCAGCAGUAACAACAACAAUAAAAACAACAACAACAAUUUGGAUUCGCGGCAGUGCAGCGCUUACAACUUUAGUUACAACUCGAGUCGAGCGCGUCGAGCGUGCAAAUUAAAAGCGCACAGUAGCACGAAGGAGAGCAACAUGGAAGUGGCAACAACAAAUAAUCACAACCAGACCCAUCAUCAUCAUCAUCAUCAUCAUCAUGUGCAUCAUAAUGCUGGCAAUAGUAAUAACAACAGCGUUGCCGGCGGCUCACGUUCGCCAUUUCAGCGAGAGGUGCGUGAAUGGCAACGCAUCGAUCCGGACACUGGGGCACUGUUCAGCGGCCGCUUGGAGGCAGAUCGCUGGAUAAAUGGACCACUAAACAGCUAUGGCAAGAUAUCCGAUUCCCAAAAUAUCUCACAACCAAAUGGCACACAGCAAACAAAGCGUAAACAGUUGGAGGUGCUGCGCACCGCCAAUGGCCAAAUGCAGGUGAUACGCACACAGACAGUACAAAAGACAUCAUCCACCUCACGUUGGUCCUCCUCCUCCACCUCCACCACUGCCACCGCCACAGCCACGCCCAUAGCUGGGUGCUGGGCUAAAUUGCAGUCGCAGUCAAAGCCACAGAGCUUAGACAUUUGCGAGUUGAGCAAUGACGAUGAUGAUGUUAGUGAUAGCGAUAGCGAUGCUGGCGUCGCCAUUGUCAAUGAUGAUUAUGUUGAGAGCUUGCCAGCGAGUCGCCAGCUUGUUGACGAUCAUGUUGACUUUGUUGUGAUUAAUGGCCAGACGGACGACCAAGACCAGGCUGACGACGUCGCUCAUUUGCACAAAGUCAGACACAAUUUGUUACCCGAUACAGCGCCCAGCUUGAAAUUGAGCAAUCUAAUGAAAAGCAGUUCGAGUAUUUCCAGUCAAAGCAGCAACAGCGCAUAAGAUUUGUCAACUGCAGACGGUGGCAAAACGGCAACAGGCACAGCUGGCAACACCCACAGUCGAGCGGGCAAAAUAAGCCUACAUGCAAUUGUUGGACAGACGGCAGCAGCAGCAACAUCAUCAGCAGCAGCAACAACAACAACUUGGAGCAAGCAAGCUGACAUAUAUGGCAAGAAAAACAACAACAACAACAGCAACAACAAGCAGCGCAGCGUGGGCGGCGCCACAGCUGAAACUGCUGCUGCUGCUGCUGCUGCUGACGUAGCUGCGACGGCAACGCCAACGCAGCGUCGUGAUUUGGAAAGUUUCCGGCAUGACAACAACGACAACGACAACGACGAUGACGACGAUGAUGAUUUGCGACUCAGCGCACGACAUCAGCGACGCCAGCAAGUAUCCCAAUCGGUAUACGCGCCGCCGCUGCCCGCCAGCUUCAGCAGCAGCUUGCAACGCGCGCGCAGCAUUUCCACAGACGAUCUCAGCAACGAAUUUCUGCAGCAGCAGCAGCAGCCAGAGCAGGACGCUGAGCCCGGCGAGUGGCAGCGCGUCAGUCAGCUGCGUCGCAGUUUUCAAUCGCAGGACUAUCAUAAGGCAAGCAACAGAGCCAGGCCACGCCCACUGGAGCUGCCCAACAGCAGCGUGAGCGUGGCGCGCAUGCGCGCAGAGCUGGAAAACGGCCGCAGGCUGAACACAGCAAUGCGCAACAAUCAAGUGGAUUUGGUAGCCAUUGACAACAUACUGAACGCAACAGCAGCCAAGCCGCCCGUAGCUAAGCGCAGCACAUUUUUGACCGCCGAAUCGCUGCAGGAAAUACGCGGCAAGCUUAAGAAACCUUUCAGACGAAAGGUUUAAUACAAGGACGACUUUCUAGCGCUGCAAACGCCGCCGUCGCCGCCAGCAGCAGCAGCAGCAGCAGCAACAGCAACAGUUGCUGCCACGCCCAGCGCCUUUCGCGCUGUACACAAUACGCACAGCUUGGAAACGCGUCAGGCGCGUGUUAAAGAAUCCGCCAGCGAUUGGCACUUGAGACGCAAAUCUUAUGGAUUUGAGAAAAUGUCGCCACCUGAAAAUCGCAGCAUUUUUCGCGUUGACGCCUCCACCGACAGCGGCUUGGGUCGCUCGGGUGAGCAGCUGGGCAGCUGGUCGCCCAGUGCUGCCAGCAAUGCCACCGUCAUACACUUUGGACGCCAGCAGAGCAGCGAGCAGUCCGCUCCAGUGGACAGCGAGCUAAGCAAGCGUCACUCGAUUGCUGUCGAAGAAACUUGGCGCGAUAUACGCAAAACUUCGCAGGUGCAAGUCAAUGGCAGCGCUGCGGCCACGCCCAGUCAACUGCAGCGCAGCAGCGCACAAAAGCGCGUCGAAUUCUGCAAAACUGAGGUGCACUUUGCCGCCGAAUCGGGGCGUGUCAAUAUAGUUGAAACCGAUGGCAAACCGCCGCCCACGCAAAACUUUCGCCGACGCCGACGCACAGCCAGCGGUCCGCUGCAGAGUCUGGUCAAGUCAGCCAGCGUCUCGAGCAGCAGCUCCAGCAACAGCAGCAGCAGCAGCUUUGGUACUGAGCCCAAUCGACGUCAAACCAUUGCCACCAGCACUGUUGCCUAUAGAGCAACGCUUAUGGAGCCACCAGAGCUGGUCACUCAGCCAGCGGCUGCCACUCAAGUCACAGUGGUUACAGCUACGCCACAGCCUGCGCUAGAGCCGCGCUUCAGUCUACUGGAGUCCACUUCCAGACAUAGCUACACCUCCACAAGCGGUGUGGACACAACGGAUAAUGAAACCGAUGAGCUCGCUCACAUACGCGGCAUAUUGAAGAACAAACCAGUGAAGCCCAAGCCUUAUCACUUGGGUGAGAAUAUUGAAAGCGCCGAUGCUCUCUGGAGUGUGCCCGCUACCAUGAAGAGUGAGCGUGAGCAGAGUCCGCACAGUCGUGAAAGUGCUACUGGCGACUCGCCAAUCAGCAUCAAAUCGGUAGCAGAGCGUGUGCGUAGUGAGCAGCGUCAGCAGCAACAACCAGCAGCAGCACAGCAAGCAUCACCAGCUGGUAAUGGUUACUCGACGAAAAUCAAUGUGAGCCUGGGUAACGAGGAAUGGACCGAAACAGGUUGGUUAAUAAACUAUAAACCAGGUUCUUCGGUAUAUUGUCGUCGUCGCAGCAGCGCACAGCAGCUGCUGCUGCAGGAUUUGCGCACUCACCAGCGCAUCCUCGACGAGGGACUCAAGUCCACCACGCUCAUCAUGAAAACGAUGCGCUCGGCCAGCGAAUUCGAUGAGGCCAUGCGACGUCUGAGCAUAGCUUCAAUCGAGUCCGCCCUCAUCCAGCCCACCAUAGUGGUGCCCACACCCAUGCUGCGCUCCCAUAGCUACCAGGAGCAGAGCACGCGACGUGCCUCGAGCACCUCCACCACAUCCAUAACGUCGAGCGAUUUGUUUGGCAGCACGCUCUACGAUUCGCUGCCGCGCACGCCGCUGGCGCCGCCACGCCUCAAGCUGCUGGGCAAUACUCAAAUUCCUGUGAGUCAGCAGCUGACACAGCUGCGACGACUUUACGAUGCUGCCGAGCAGGAAGAGGAUAGCGCCGAUGAGGAGGUCAAGCGUUACUUUAGGGAGAGCGAGGACAGCGGCGGCGGCACACAGUGCAGCUGCUCGCCCGAGGAAGUGGUGGCGCUCAAGGGCAGCGAGUACUCCAGCAGCUGGAGUCGGCUCAAGGCCAAGCGCACCAUCUGGAGAAUCGAGGCGCAAGAGCAGACGCUGCAGCGCGCAGAUCUGCCCAAGUCCAAUGUGAUGAACAUUGCUCUGCAUGCGCCCAAACUGCAGAAGCCCAAGCCAACGCCCCCUACUCUACGCAUUGGUCAGCUGGUGCCCAUUGCCAAGCCACGUACGCUGCUGGUGCAACCAUUGCAGACGCAGCUGUCCACAGACACCGCCGACGACUCUGGCAGCGAGUCCUUGAAGAUUGUGAAGGAAGCACGCGGCGCGCGCAAAUUACGCGAGCAUGAGCUUUCCUAUUUUGGCGUGCAGAACGGCGCUCCAAGCAGUCCGCAGCCUACUCGGCUCAAAGCCACGCCCACCAAUCCCAGACGCACGCUGCCCACGCGCAGCAAGCUGAGCCACAACGAGUGAACCAAGGCAGCAACCACAAACGCACUCUCCGAUGAGGCCGCCUUCAAGGAUCAGCGCCGACGCUCUUUCUCGCUGCAGCGCCGCAGCAACAAACCACUGGCGACCAUCGAUGAGAAAGUGAAGGCCUACAAUGGCGACGGCAAGCCGCUGGCUGUGGCACGUGGCACAUUCGCCUCGGAGGCGCGUCGCAAUUCCAGGCAAUCGACACCUUCGCCCACGCGUGCGCGCAGCUCCUCGCAGUCCUCGAUUGAAUGCUGUCCACGCGAUCGUUCGCGCUCCAGCUCGCGUGAGUCGAUGCCCCAAGGCGGCGGCUCCUCUGACGAGCAGCACAGCAAGCAGCGCGUGGAGCGUUUGCGCCUACGCACGCCCAAGCGUGAGAAAUCGCGUCAUGAGUCCACAGAGCAACGCAGCGCAGUGCGUCAGAGCAGCAAAGCGCGCAGCAGCAGCGCACACGUGACGUCAACAUCAUCGUCGCAGCAGCAGCAGCAGCAUCACAGUCGCAGCCACAGCCACAGAGACAAGGAGCCCACAGCUAGCUCCAGCUCCAGUCGCCUGGUGCGUUCAGCGCGCAUUCCCAGCGAGGAGAGUCGCACGCGCAGCAGCGCACAUCGCAACAGCGAACGCGAGCGGGAGCGUGAGCGAUCUCGCGGCAGUGAAAAGCAUCGGGAUGAGCUUACACGCUCACGUGGUCACUCCAGUCGCUCCAGACACAAUGAGCAGCAGCAGCAGCAGCAGCCACAAAGUCAUAGAUCAAGCAAAAGCAGUCGCCAUCAUCAUGACACAACAACAGCAGCAGCAACAACAACAACAGCGGCACACAGAAAAUCCACAACAACAGCAACAACAACAGCAGCUAAAUCAGCAUUAAAAGCAACAACAACACACAAAGUAACAACAGCUGCACCUACAACAGCAACAACAACAACAACACCGCACAACGAACUGACACACGGUAAAAGCACACUGAACGGUCAUCACCAUCAUCAUCAGCAUCAGCAUCAUAGCAGUGGCAGUGGCAAGCAUCAUGUUGGCGCACAGCCGCAACAUCAUGUUCAUAGCCUGACCACAACGACAAUUGCAGCAACGAAACAUCAAAGGGAACGCCAUGGCAAGGAUAGAAAAUAAAUUUGCAGCAGCAGCAGCGACGAAUCAACGAAUUAAUCUAACUUUAACUAAAUUAAUAGACUUACUAAUCACUUAUGUUAUGUGCUUUGUUUUAUUUUGCCAACUGCUUUGGGUAAUUUUUGAAAUUUUUCUGGCAUUUAUAAAAAUUUCAAGAGAAUUGCUUAGGUUGGACUUUUGCUAACAAAAUCGAUACCUAUACUAUAUAUUAACAGUUAAAGCGUGCAAAAAGCAGUUCCUUUCACACACACACACACCAACACCCACACACACAUGUAUCUGCUGUUAGUUCUUUUGGCAUAGAAAACGCAAAAUUCAAGUAUUAAAAUUCAAUGCCAGCAACUAAAAUUUUGCUACUAACAUUUUUUGAUAAUAAUAAAAUAAAUAACAAAUGAUACUCAUAUAUAUUCUU